CGGGCCAGGUCCCAUCAUGGCGGCUGAGGAGGUGGAUGUGGAUAUUGAAGGAGACGUAGUGGCGGCGGCGGUCCAGCCCGGAAGUGAUGAAAAUACAUUGUCAUCUGCUUUCCAACAAGAUCACUAUCUUGAUUCCUGGAGAACUGAUAAUGGCCUUAUUCCUUGGACUCUGGAUAGCAGCAUCAGUGAGGAAAACAGAGCUGUCAUUGAGAAAAUGUUGUUGGAAGAAGAAUAUUAUUUAUCCAAAAAAUCACUUCCAGAAAAAUUCUGGCUGGAUCAAAAGGAAGAUGAUAAAAAAUACAUGAAAAGUCUGCAGAAAACAGGAAAAAUCAUGGUACACUCUCCUACAAAACCAGCCAGUUACUCAGUAAAGUGGACGAUAGAAGAAAAAGAGCUGUUUGAACAAGGGCUGGCUAAAUAUGGCCGAAGGUGGACCAAAAUUGCAAAGCUAAUUGGAAGUCGUACUGUUUUACAAGUGAAGAGUUAUGCUAGACAAUACUUUAAAAAUAAGGUAAAAUUAGAUGGUCCAGAAAAAGAAUCACCAAAUCAGAAGACCAGCACUGAUCUUCAGAUUAAAAAUGAGGAUGAAGGAACAAAGGCAUGGACACCAUCAGGUUUAAGGGGACGUGCUGAUCCCAACUUGAAUGCUGUAAAAAUUGAAAAGUUAUCUGAUGAUGAAGAAGUGGACAUCACAGAUGAAGUAGAUGAGUUGACUUCUCUAGCUCCCCAGAGGAAUUCUAACAGUGGUCUCUUAUUAGACAUUCCUAAUAGUAAAAUUCAUGAUACCAAUCAAGGAGAAUUCAUUGCUUCUGACAGACAGAAAGAUCCCUUUUCUAAAUCUUCCAAGGAGUAUUUUCAGAAUAUGAAGCAAGGUGAGCUAGAAACACUCUCUAGCUCAGGAAUUACAUUAGGAACUGAAAAACAGAGUACCAGUGACAAAAAUUCAGUUGAAUUAAAUGAUCAGAAAUGUAAUAAACUGAUUAAAAACUGUGUCAGGCAUGAUGGAAAUGAAAUAACGAAUGAUGCCAGGCAAUUGCCUUCUCCAAAACCUUGGGAAGUUCACAAAACUUUGAGUGAUAAUGAAAUGCUUUUUCAUUCUUCUUGCCAAAUGGAGGAGGAGAACCAUGAGGAAGAAGCACUUAAGCCACCAGAACACGAAAUAGAAAUAGAUAGAAAUAUCAUUCAAGAAGAAGAAAAACAUGCAAUUCCUGAGUUCUUUGAGGGGCGCCAAGCUAAAACACCAGAACGCUAUUUGAAAAUUAGGAAUUACAUUUUGGAUCAGUGGGAGAUAUGCAAACCGAAAUACUUAAAUAAGACCUCAGUACGUCCUGGCCUGAAGAACUGUGGGGAUGUUAAUUGUAUUGGACGGAUUCAUACAUACCUCGAGUUGAUAGGAGCAGUCAAUUUUGGAUGUGAACAGGCUAUAUAUAACAGGCCACAACCAGUUGAUAAAGUACGAAUCAGAGACAGAAAAGAUACAGUAGAAGCAUACCAACUUGCCCAGCGUCUGCAGUCUAUGCGCACAAGGAGACGAAGGGUUCGAGACCCUUGGGGAAACUGGUGUGACUCAAAGGACUUAGAAGGACAAACAUUUGAGCAUCUCUCUGCUGAGGAAUUGGCAAGGAGAAGAGAAGAGGAAAAAUGCAAACCUGUUAAAUCUUCAAAAGUGCUAAGACCAACAAAAAGCUCAUUUGAUCCCUUCCAACUGAUACCUUGCAAUUUUUUCAGUGGAGAAAAGCAGGAGCCAUUUCAGGUGAAAGUGGCUUCAGAAGCACUUUUAAUAAUGGAUUUGCAUGCUCAUGUUUCUAUGGCGGAAGUGAUUGGUCUGUUAGGAGGAAGAUACUCAGAAGUUGAUAAGAUAGUUGAAGUAUGUGCAGCAGAACCGUGUAACAGUGUCAGUACAGGACUACAGUGUGAGAUGGAUCCUGUAUCACAAACACAGGCCUCAGAAACCUUGGCUGUUAGAGGCUACAGUAUUGUUGGAUGGUAUCAUUCUCAUCCUGCCUUUGAUCCUAAUCCUUCCUUACGAGAUAUUGACACCCAAGCCAAAUACCAGAGUUACUUUUCCAGAGGAGGUGCAAAGUUCAUUGGAAUGAUUGUUAGUCCCUAUAAUCGAAACAAUCCUUUACCUUAUUCUCAGAUUACUUGCCUGGUUAUAAGUGAUGAAAUUAGCCCAGAUGGCUCCUAUCGUUUACCUUACAAAUUUGAAGUACAGCAGAUGUUAGAAGAACCUCAGUGGGGAUUAGUGUUUGAAAAGACAAGAUGGAUAAUAGAAAAAUACAGGCUUUCCCAUAGCAGCGUCCCUAUGGAUAAAAUCUUUCACCGGGAUUCUGACCUGACUUGUUUGCAGAAGCUUUUGGAAUGUCUAAGGAAAACUCUGAGCAAAGUGACCAAUUGCUUCAUUGCUGAGGAAUUUUUGACUCAUGUAGAAAAUUUGUUCCUUUCCAAUUACAAAAGCAAGCAAGAGAAUGGAGUGGCUGAAGAGAACUGUACUGUGGGUCUAAAGUAAUUAUUUUAAAGUAAGAUAUUUUAAUCUUGAUACGAUAGAUCCUGCUUUCAAAGUCAUAACUUUAAAAUUAUUAGGGUAAUUUUAUUAACAGUGGCAAAACUUUGGUUUUAUUUUUUUCUGUAGUUCACAAAACCUAAAGUUUGCCAUAUAAAUCAUGUGAAAAGAAAGAGAUAUGGACUUAUUUUCCUAUAGUAAUUAUCAGAGUGUUAUGUAAACCAAGGUCUGCCAAAAUGUUCUAGUCGUACCAUGGUCCGGAUGCAAUGCAGUAGACUCUGAAAACUUGCAAGGAUGGUGUGGUUUAUUAUCAUGUUCAGGUAGAUAAGUGGAAUGUGGUUCUAAUUUUUAUCUCUUUCCUGAGUCAGUCAUUUAUUAAAUUCCAUAUUUGGUAUCUCAUAACUCAUUAGAAGCACUUCCAUUCUUCCCAUAUGUUUUGGUAAGGCUUGUUUAUGAAAUGAAGUUUGGAUGGAUGGACUGAAAAUAGUUGAGAACUACUGAUUUAAUAAAUCUAGCAACAUACCAUGGUGAGGUGUGAGAGGCAUAAGUAGAAAUCUUAAAAGAGUUAAUAAUCAGAUGAAAGACCCAAAAGAAAGAAUCAGAUUUCCAGUUUUUUAAUCAUAGAUAUUUGCUUCCUUCUUAUUUUAUAAUAACUGUACCAUUGGAUAUGCCAUUUUAUCAGCUAUCAGAAAUAGUUUUAAUGAAUUUUGCAUAUGUAAAAUAAUUAUAGUUCAACUAUAUGUCCACUUACGUUAAUGCGUGUGUGAUAAAAGCUCAUUUAACUGAAUCACAGGAAAUCAUAACCCUCAAACCAUAUAUAUUUUUUUUGUAUCAGGAAAAAGAGGCAAAUUACACUAAAGCUUGAAUGAAUCAGAAAUUUAAUUUUUAAAAGCACAAAAAAGCCUUCUAGGACAUACUAUGCAUUCAGCCCAGUUUCCCAUACUUUUUGAAUCUAGAACAGAGGUCUGCAAACUUUUUAAAUAAAGGACCAGAUAGUAAAUAAUUUAGUCUUUGCAGGCCACAUGCAGUCUCUAUCAGACAUUCUUCUUUGUCAAACUAAAUUAACAUGAUUUGAUCAAUGUCACACAGUAAAGCUGCUAGCAGAAUUAGCUUAAGUAUCCAUGGCAGCAUCUUAAGGAAUCUUAUGCUUAUUUGCAUCUGCUAAACUGUGGGAACAGAAAUGCUUCAUGAAACAAUCGUUCUUAAUACAGACAUAAUGUAAAUUUUAGGAAACAACAAUCCUUUGAAAAUGUAAAAACUAUUCUAAGCAUGUGGGGCUCUCAAAAAAAUAGGCUGCUGGCCAUUAUUUUACAACCCCUGAUUUAGAGAAUUGCAAACAUUUGAAUUUAUUUUCAGAUUGAUGAUCCUGAGAUGUUGCAUCAUCUUUAGACAGCAAAAAACUUAAAAUUGUGAUUUACAUUUAAGUGCAUUUUCAAUGAAAGUAAAGUCAUUCUGCCUGAUUUAUUAAAAUUUAAUAGAUUUUAGUUUAUUUCCAUCAAACAGAGAAUUGAUUUAUACCCAUUUUGCAAACAUUCCUGUUAAUAACUGUUUUGUUGUACCUAAACUAUGUAUGAUUCUGUAAUUUUUCUUUUUGGGGUUAUAAUCAUUAGUCAAGGAAGAAUAAGGCAGUGUUGGAACUGGCAGUCAGCCAAUUUGUCUCAACCUUGUGACUUUGGAGAAUAUACUUUACUUUUUCUGGGCCUAAAUUCUUCUAUGUAACUGAAAUCUAUAAUUAACUUCCCAGUAUCCUUCUAGGUCUAAAAUUUUAUGGUUCAUCCUAAUUGUUUGACAAAUCACCUGAAAUUUUAUAUUUUGAGAAUUAUAGUUCCUAAAUUAACAUAUCUUUUUAAGGAAAACUGGUAGUAUUUUCCAUUUCUCUGUUUGCAUUUAGGAUAAGCAAUAAAACAUUUUAUAAAGCAAUUACUUUUGAGGAUGGGGGUAUGUGAACUCUAGAUCAGGAAUCAGGAAACCUGAGUACUUAUCCUAAUUCUUCUACCAGCUUUACUGUGUGACAUUGAUCAAAUCACAUAACCUGUCUGGUCUUUAGACUCGUUGCCUAUAAUUUAAGGGUCUGAACAAUAUGAUUUGGUGUUGUCUUCCAAGUGCAGGACUGUGAUUCUAUGAAAGGCAGUAAUUCAUUCUUUCAUACUCUUCUUCGUUGACUUUCCUCAUUGUCCCACAGGGGAACAGAUAACCCGAAAGUGGUAUUAACUUUCUUGAUUGACAUUUCCCCAUAAUAUUGAUGAAUUUGGGCAAUGAAAAAAAUGGAAAUUGUUAAAAGUUCUGUUCUCAAAUCUCUGUCUUUCUGCCUGCCAGUGGUUAACCAUAUUUGCUAACCAGCCACCUAAGCCAUACUGUGAGGAAUUUAAAGUUGGUAAUCUUCAGGGUUUAGGGCCUUGAGAGCACAAUUUUUAAAAUAAUAUUUGAUGAGUACUUUUUUUCUGAUUAUGGAAUUAUGCUUGUUUUAGAAAAUUUUUUUAAAAUAUAGAGAAAUAUAAAUAAAAUUAAAAUUUCUCAAUCCUACUACCUAGAAAACCAGUUAACAUUUUAGUAUAAAUCCCCCCUUUUGUUUCUGACAGUAUAAUUUUAAAACAUUAAAAUUGAUCUUUUCUUUCCUUCCUCUCCCAUUCAUUUUCCCUACUUCCUGUUUUCUCUUGUCAUAUGGUUAAAAUAUAUUUGCAACUGCAGUUGUUCACAUUCCUGUCACUCCUAACCUUGCACUGCUGAAGGUAGUUGUAGCCAGUCCCUUAGAGAAGUCCAGAACUGAGUUGGAGCAUAAUACUGGAAGUUCAAGAGUCAGGGUCUCAAAUGAUGUUUUUUCCCCUAUCUCUAAUAAUGUUUAAAGAAGUGAAGAUAGGACUUGAAAACAUCCAGUUCUCUUCAUCCUGAUUCUCUUCUAUUACACAAUAACUAUAUAAAAUGAGCUUAAUUUUUUUUUCCUUUUUGUCCAGCUUGGCUAAUUAGGAAAUGGACACUAGUACUGUCCCAAGAUUAGAGCUAAUUCUCUAAAAAUCUAAUCCUAAAGGUGACAUUCAGAAAAAGAAAAAUCAGAGGAACAGUCAACGAAAUCAGACUUGCCUUCUGCCUCCCAUUAGUUUAGACUUUUAUCCCUUCUCUUAUCCUUUUAAGUGAUCUUCAGUUUCUAUUUCCUGCAGGUAGUUUGGCCUUAUAUUAGUGAUGCAUUAUGACUUUUGUGGACCCUGGGCACUUGUAUCUUCAUGGGCCCCUUCCUCCAUAAUAUAUAUAAACUUAAAUUUUAUAACUGUUGGUUUGAAAUGAACAUAUUAAUAUUAUGUUUUAAAAUAUUUUGUGGGCCUCUGUAAGUAUUGUGGGCUGGAGGCACUGUGCCUGUUCUGUCUAAUGGAUUAGUUGGCCUUGCAUAUAUUCUGAAGAUUAUCAUUGGAAAAAUGGCAGUUACUACCCUCUCCUCUGCCCCUGCCACAAUACACCACAGGGCAGUUUGCCACCCCAGCCAAGAACACUGAAAUUCCCACUACUGCAUAACUAUAGACUUGAACUUCAUUCCUUACUUCCGUAACCAAAACUAAGGAGUAUUGCUUGGGACCAUUCAUCUUCAAAAAGAUAGGACGCAGGGGUCAAUUUAUUUUUCAGGUAGACACUUUUGUUCUGUUCCUUUAUCUUUAGUUUUGAAACUCAUGCUGGCCAUACUUCAAAGGGGAACAUCCUUUCCCUUUCUUUUCUCCCUUCAUUUCCUUCAAACUCUUCCUUCAUCUCUACUCCCUCUACUUCUUACGUCUCUCAGCGUACAGGUACAAGCUCAUUCAUUGUAUCAUUUGUUGAAGGCUAGGCCUGAACAGACCAUUCAUAUUUACCCAGAGCAGUUCACUGCUACCCUCAACCUUCUUUCCAUAACCUUCCUUCCCACUCAGGAGUGGGGUGAGGUCUGUGACAUGCAAACAGUGGGGCAGGGCCAGAGCCUCUGAGGUAUCUGGGUCAUCUAGCUUUAACAUGCCAACCUGAGCAGGCCUCCUACUCUUGGAUUUGCCUGCUUCCUAUUUAUCUUGCCAGGCCCUAACAAGGUGAGCUGUAGGACUUGGAAGCACUGAUAGUAGUCAGAAUCAAUUAAUAGUCAGAUUGAUGCUCUAUCCUGAAACUAUAAAAGAACGAGAUGAUGCCUGACAGUCUGUAAUCUGCCACUCCUGCCUUCAUCCUCAAGUUAUCGACAGGUGUUCAUUGACUGAUUUCUCAGUAGAAAUUCGGCCAAGUAUCCAGUAGAAAUUUGGCCAAGUAUCCAGAUUUCUUUUUUUUUUUUUUUUUUUACCUACACCUUCCUCUACCAAUAGUUAAAAGACUAAAUCUAGGGUCACACAUUUAGGAAAAUGUAUUUCACCCAAGCACAAAGGAAAAAAGCACACAUAAAUUUUUUAAAUCAUCUGCUCUAUCAGGAUUAAUAUAGAAUUUUACAAAGAAACUUGAUAUGCAUCUCGUUUACCAGUAGUUUAAUAGUUUUCUUACAUGUUAAUGCAAUAUUUUUUAAUAUUUCCAGAAAAUGACUGGGGGAGAAUAAUGUAAUAUACUUUAGCUUAUUUCUUGACCUUUUCUUAGAUGAUUUUAUUUGUGUUACUCCUCCCAACUUUUUUUCUGUUUUUUUUUGUUGUUGUUGUUGUUUUUUCAUUUAACCUGUAGUUUGUGCUUUCUGUUAUUUUUGGAAUCUUUUAACCACUUUUAGUCCUUUCUGGAAUAAGAGAGGGGGUAAAUAUACUAUCCCUGCUAAGGAAGAGGAACAUAAAACUAUCCAUAGAGGCUGUGAGUAUGCCAAGGACUCUAUAUGGAACAAAUCUGAGAAGGUAAAAUAAACUCAUAAUAUCUGGGUUGUUUUUAAUUUUUUUUAAUUUCUGGGGGAAAAUUCCUGAUUUGCUUUCUCUUGAUUUCCUAGAGUAGGCUUUUAGGAAUUAAAGAAGUCUAUUAAAUACAAUUUCAUAGGUUGUAUUCCUAUUUCAUAGGUUACCUACUACAGAACAUUUGUUUUACCUAUGAUUUAUAAAAUGGUAUUUAAAGUCUAGCAUGAUUUAAAUAGAUAGGUUAUAUAUCUUCAAAUUUGUGGAGCUGACCUGUAAAUUAUGUGUUUAUAUAGACAUAGUGCAUGAUUAUUGAUAAACCUGUUGCUGUUAUAUUUCCCAAAUGUUAUCAGUAUUCAUGGACUUUUCACUAAUUUGAAUUUUGAAAUGUUCUGUAAUAAAAUAUAAUGAUCUAAACUAUUUUGUACAUUUAAAUAAGAUGCCGUUUUGUAUAUAUCUUCAUUAAAGAAGACUAUAAGUAUUAGAAUUAUGAAAGAUUUUCUUCACGAUUGAAACUCCUCCCUCAAUACCUAACUGUAUAUGUAACAUAUUAAAAAAUAUCUGAUUUUAAGCUUAGAGAUUUUAUCAUGUAGUAAGCAUUAAGGGGAAACAUACUGAAGAUUCCAUUUAAAUAAAAUUUUUAAAAUAAAA